AUGGAAAGGGCCAAGAAAGGACUCAAGGGCAUAGUUGAUGGAGUUUCCAAGAUGGAGCUCAACGAUGCCAAACGCAAAGGGAAACGAUUCCGUGAAAGACUGGCCAAGCAACAAGCCACUGGAGAAUCUUUACCGCAUGCUAAAGCCGGCCUUAUUGUCUCCGAGCAGCUCGAUAAUGCUCUCAAACAGUGCGUCGCAGAGGUAGAAAGCAUCAUCCAACGAUGCCGCGCUACAAACCGUAAAUUCAGGGACAUCGAGUUUGAUCUAGAGAAGGAUCAAGAACAGUGCCGAUUCGGGCUUCCGGGAGAAGACGAAAUUAUUGUACCUAGGCCCCGAGUAGCUGUGAAGCGCGUCACAGAAAUAUUCGACAAUCCAGUGUUUUUUGGACCGAACGGACCCAAAGCAAGUGCUGUACGCCAAGGCAGUCUGGGCGAUUGUUGGUUUUUGGCAGCAUUAUCCGCAAUUGCUACAGUCGACUCGGGCGCUCUGUUGCGGAAGCUAUGUGUAGCUCAUAACGAAGAGGUCGGUGUAUACGGCUUCAUAUUUUUCCGCGACUGCUAUUGGCAUUUCCUUCUUUGGUCUAUGCCCAAAUUUGAUGAGCUAAAAGAAGAGGAAAAACGCCUAUACCACUAUAAUCGCGAAAACUAUCAUAACGUUGUUGAGAAAAGUGGUCAAGGUCUUCUAUACGCACGCUCUGGGACAGUGGGGGAGACUUGGGUUCCCCUCAUUGAGAAGGCAUAUGCUAAGCUCCACGGAGACUACGCCUCUCUUGACGGAGGCUUUUUGGCCGAUGCCAUUGAGGACCUUACUGGGGGAGUCGCAACCUCGUUCCAAACGGCUGAUCUUCUCAGUCAAGACAAGUUUUGGCGCAACGAACUUCAACACAAUGAACUUCAUAUGCGCUUGUUUGGCGUGUCUCUCGAUCUUGAUGAAACUCACAGCCAGCGCAGCGACCUCCAGAUUCAAGGGCUUCUCCCUGGACAUGCAUACUCGGUUAUGCGCGUUCACGAGUGUCGCGGCAAGCGAUUUGUUGUGGUGCGUAAUCCAUGGGGGGAGAGUGAGUGGACGGGAGCAUGGGGAGACGGGUCGAAGGAAUGGACCAACGAAUGGCUUUCUGCACUCCCAGAACUUGGGCAUUCAUUCGGAAACGACGGCCAGUUCUUGAUGGAGUACAAGGACUUCUUAACUGUGUUUUCUCAGAUCGACAGGGCCACUAUAUUCGACCCUAGCUGGAGCAUGUCCUGGUAUUGGAUAAGUAUUUCGCCUCAACCGUUGACACGUUUAUGGCUCUAUGGAGACAUCCAAUUCCAUUUAUCGGUUGAUCGGGAUACCCCUGCCGUUCUCGUCCUCUCUCAGAUAGACACCCGAUACUUCCGUAACAUGCAGGACACCGAAUGGCACCUGGAUUUCAUUGUCCACAGAAUCGAAAAUUCGGCACUUUCAAAACCCCUUGCUACUUCUGGUAUUAGCUUAGGGAGCAGGAGAAGCGUCUCCUGCGAAUUGACGCUCGAAGAGGGAGAAUACGUCAUUUUACCUAGGAUUGAAGCUGCUUACAGCUUUAUUACACGCAAAAGAAAUCGUGUUCUAAAGGAAAUGAGCAUGUCGUGGGCUAGGGUGUUACCUCAAAGCGACGAUGAAGAAGAAAAGAUGGAAGAGGAUGUAGCGGAGACGGAUCUCCCCACGAUAACUCGUCAGCCAUCCUUCUUCAGCUCAGAGACACCAGAGGACGAGGAGAAUUCAGAGAAUAAUGAAGAUGAAAAACAAGAUGAAGAAGUUCAAGAAUCAAAAUCGGAAGGUGGAGACGCACCCCCCGCUACGCAAGGCUACAUACAGGUCACUACACCGCCUCUGUUCUUGGGUAUGCGAGUGUAUACCCAAAAUGGGGCGGUAGCAAAGGUCUUUGGCAGGGCCAUGGAUUAUUAA